AUGGCGUCUGGUCGACCACAGCCUUGGAAUCAUGUUAAUCGACAAAGUUCUUCAAUACAAAAUCCUACUUUUAUGAACUUUACUUACGGUACGGCAAAUGUUCCUGCUGGGUUUACUUCACAAGCAGGUGGAGGUGGAUCUGUACCUGAUCCUUCUGGUCCUCCUCCCUUACCUCCAAGACCAAACCUUUCACAAACAAACAGGAUCCCAGUUUAUCGUACCAAUCCUACAUUCAACUCUUACAAUCUAUAUGGGGCCACUAACUAUGGAAGCAAUCCUUAUAUGCCCUAUUAUUCUGGCAUUGGAUUGAAUUAUGGUUAUAACAGUUAUGGUUCUUCAUCUUCAAAUACCAUUAAUUAUAACAGUCUUUAUCAUCAAGUUGAAGACAGUUCACGACAAGCCUUCCAAUCAAUUGAAAGUAUAGUGCAAGCCUUUACUUCAAAAGUGUUCUCCAAGAAUAGUAGACAUUUAAGUUCAUGGCCAAUCAUCAUGUUCUUUGGUAUUAUCAUUGGAGCACCCUGGUUGAUAUGGAAGCUCAUCUCACCAAGCGUCCCCAAAUGGUUAUCAGGUGAAGAUGACCAUUAUGUUGCACAAAGUCUAUAUAAUUUCCAAGCAGAAAAUGCUGAUGAACUUUCAUUUUCUCCUGGACAGAAAAUCAUCAUUGCUCCUAGAGAAUUGCAGCCCCGUAUAAAAGGCUGGUUGUUGGCAUCUGUUGAUGGUAAAAAGGUUGGAAUAGUGCCUGUAAAUUACCUUAAAGAACCAAUACACUGUAGUGGCCGUAUGAACUCCAAAACUCCUGAACAAAGUACUUGCAACACGGUUCCAGAAGCCUCUUGUGUCAACAUGGGUACACAAUCAGAAACUUCUAAGGAGGUUCCCAAAACGGACAUGGAUAAUGUUUUUAAUUCUUGUUUCAAAUCCAAAUCAGACACAUGA